ACAACUUCGCCGCGCAUUUGACCAGUUUCACAACAGACUCCGCACUAGCUCCUACCAUAUCAUAACAUAAGUCUUUGCUAACUAUUACUUUAAAGAUGCUUACCUGUAACUCAGCAGGCACCAAGGACGUCGCGGCGGGACCCACGACCGGUCCUGCUGACCCGGAAGAGCUGAAACGCCGGCGGAUCGAAGAAGAAAAGUCCUCGGACCAGGAGACACCCGCUCCCGCCAAUUUACCGGCCGAGGUUUCCAGCCGCCCAGCUCAAAAACAUGACGAAUAUCAGUACCUAGACUUGGUUCGGCACAUCCUGGACUGUGGGCAGAGGAAGGACGACCGCACUGGCACCGGGACUUUGUCUGUUUUUGGUGCCCAGUGUCGCUACAGCCUUAGAGGGCAGUUUCCCUUGCUGACCACGAAGCGUGUGUUUUGGAGGGGGGUAGCUGAGGAGCUCUUGUGGUUUGUCAGGGGCUCUACAAAUGGCACAGAACUUUCUGACAAAAACGUGCACAUCUGGGACGCCAAUGGCUCACGUGACUUCCUGGACAAGCGUGGACUGAGCCACUAUGAGGAGGGAGACCUCGGCCCUGUGUACGGCUUCCAGUGGAGGCACUUUGGUGCAGAAUACAAGGAUAGGCACACUGACUACACAGGCCAGGGUGUGGACCAGCUGGCCCAGGUCAUCCACACCAUCAAGACUGACCCUGACAACAGGCGCAUCAUCAUGUCUGCAUGGAACCCUCCAGAUCUGCCUAAGAUGGCGUUGCCACCCUGCCACGCCUUUGUCCAGUUCUAUGUAUGUAACGGAGAACUGUCGUGUCAGCUGUACCAGCGCUCGGGAGACACGGGACUCGGCGUACCCUUCAACAUCGCCAGCUACUCUCUCCUCACCUACAUGAUCACCCACAUCACAGGACUCAAGCCUGGGGACUUUGUCCACACCCUGGGAGAUGCACAUGUCUAUGUCAAUCAUGUUGAUGCCCUUAAAGAGCAGUUAAAGAGGGAGCCACGCCCCUUCCCCACCCUCAACAUCAAACGUCAAGUGGAGAACAUUGACGACUUCAAGAUGGAGGAUUUUGAAAUUGUUGGCUACAAGCCACACCCAAAGAUAAGCAUGGAGAUGGCUGUGUGAAGCAAGUUUAGAUCAGGGACUUUGGCUAGGCUGUAUUUCUUACCUUUUGUAUCAAGUACUUUGUGCUGUGUUGUCUUUGAUAUGUUCAGAGCCAGGAGCCAGAUACACAGCAAAUUGUAACAAUUAGAUAGGGAAUUAACAUGAUGUGUUUGACAUACAUGACAUCAACAACAAUGCACCAUUGCACAAAAACACACUUCUAUUUAGUCUCACCAAUGAUUAUUGUUAUCAAACAAGGAGGGUGAAUUUUAUUAUAUUUACGUCUAUGCGUAGAAAUGAAUGCUAACACUUGCAUAUUAAAUGUGUAAUAGAAAGUUAUUUUAUAAAGCGAAAUAGAAACUUGUUUAUAGAAACUUACUUACUAGUACUACCGGUAUG